AUGGGUGGUAUCGAUCAAAGUAAGGAUAGCCUUAAUGCGGCGGACCCUCUGGAUGGUGGUAUUGUUCCUCAUGGCUGUAAGGAUCAACUGACCAGUGGAGCCUUAGAGGAAACUAUUUUGGCCGUCUUAAGAGAGUCCUUGGACUUGGUAAAUACUGAAGUCGUGCUGGAUCAGGAUUGUGCAGGUGGACUGGAGACAGAUUACAGUGCAAACAGUCAUACAGCCCAGGGAACAUUCACGAUACUCUCAGGAACAUCUUUCAGCCCUGCUUUGCAAGAGAAAUCAUCAACAGCCUUCAAAGCUCUUGCCUUUGAUGUUCAGCAAAUGAUAGAUGAUAUAUUUCAAUCAAGUGAACUUCAAAAUGAAUAUAAGAACUGUAAAGUUUCCCAGUUUAGAAAUGGCAGUGUAAUUGUAUUAUUCAACCUUUUGUUUGGACAAUUGGUACCUGAUGAAAAGAUAAAGAAUGAACUGUCUUUGGGCAUUGAAGGAAAUAAAAGUGGCCUUUUGCAAACCUUCAUCAUUGAUGUGAACAGUAUAGAAAUAACAGAUAUGGGGAUACCUAAUACAAGCAGUCCUUUGACCACACCUGGUUUGGGCACCCUCAGAACAACCAGUGCUUUCACAUCAUCAGUUAAAUGUUUACCUCCUCAUCGACUUUGUGCUGAUGGUUUAAGCUGCAUAAGCAAAGAACUAUUUUGUGAUGGAAUACCAAACUGUCCAGAUGGUUCCGAUGAAUAUGAGAAAACAUGUGCUACAUCUUGUGACGGACAAUUUAUCCUGACCAGUUCUUCUGGAUCUUUUCACUCUAUUAAUUAUCCAGAGCCCUAUAUAUCAAAUACUGUUUGCCGGUGGAUCAUAUCUGUAAAUCAGGAGCUGUCCAUCAAAUUAAAUUUCAGUGCUUUUGACACACAAAAUUAUGUAGACACCUUAAGCAUUUAUGAAGGUUUAGGCCCUGCAAAGAUUCUAAGAGCUAUCCUCUGGGGUUCUAAUCCAGACACAAUUCAUAUUUUUUCUAACCAAGCCACAGUAGAAUUUGAGACUGAUUAUUCUGAAAACUAUAGUGGCUUUAAUGCAACAUACACAUCAUUUAAUACCAGCGAACUAAGCAACAUCCAGAAAAUUAACUGUACUUUUGAAGAUGGAUUUUGUUAUUGGAUUCAAGAUUUGGAUGAUGAUGAUGACUGGAUAAGAAUUAAUGGCCCCACCUUUCCUGUUACAUCUGGUCCUGAUUUUGAUCAUACGUUUGGCAAUAUAUCAGGCUAUUAUAUUUCAACUCCUGCACUCCUUGGAGGCAUACCAGUGAGAGUCAAACUUCUUAGCUUAGUGCUGAUCCCCACUUCAAACAUGUUCUGCCUAAGUUUCUGGUACCACAUGUAUGGUGCUACUGUGUAUCGUCUGAGCGUUAAAAUAAUACAUGAUGACAAUCAAAAUGUUGAACAGACAAUAUUCCAGAAAGAAGGGAAUUUUGGAAACAACUGGAACUAUGGGCAAAUAACAUUAAACGAAACAUCCAGUUUUAAAGUUGCUUUUGAAGCCCUUAAAAGGCCAGGAUGGGAUGACAUUGCCCUUGAUGAUAUAGGACUGACAAAUGGAGGCUGCAGAGAAAAUGUUUAUCCAGAGCCAACUUUAGUUCCCACAACCCCUACAACGCCUCUGCUACCAACUGAUUGUGGUGGGCCAUUUGACCUAUGGGAACCAAACACUACCUUUAGCUCAAUCAAUUAUCCCAACAACUACCCCAGCCAAGCUUCUUGUAUAUGGUAUUUAAAUGCAGAGGAAGGGAAAAACAUUCAGCUGCAUUUCCAGUAUUUUGAUCUGGAAAAUAUUUACGAUGUCGUAGAAAUCAGAGAUGGUAGAGGAGAUGAUUCUUUAUUUCUGGCUGUAUAUACAGGAAAUUCCCCAGUGCCGGAUGUAUUCUCUGCAACUCACCAGAUCACAGUGUUCUUCAUUACUGACAAAAGUGGAGUGAAGUCAGGAUUUAUAGCUAAUUUUACAACAGGCUACCAUUUGGGCAUGCCAGAUCCCUGUGCACCAAGUUUUUAUCAGUGUGGAAGUGGAGAAUGCAUACCAGUGGUUUACCUUUGUGACCAAACACAACACUGUAAUGAUAAUUCUGAUGAAACAGACUGUGUGCGCUUGGUCAAUGGUUCUCUUGGCCUCAGUGGGUUGGUCCAGUUCAAGGUUGAGAAUGAAUGGCAUACAGCAUGUGGAGAUGACUGGCCUAUGGAAUCCUCAAGCAGAAUUUGCCACUGGUUAGGACUCGGAGAUCUGAAUAAUUCAUCUCCCAUCUUGUUUAAUGGGACUGGUCCUUUUGUAGAAGUUACAAAAGCUGUCAACAACAGCUUAAUACUAACACCAAUGGCACAAUGUGUUGAUAAUUUGGUGAUGCAUCUGCAAUGCAAGAAUAAAGCAUGUGGAGAAAGAUGGAUUACUCAAAAACACACAGCAAAAAUUGUUGGUGGCUCUGAUGCUCAGGAAGGGGCUUGGCCAUGGGUGGUCUCAUUAUAUUUUAACUCCAGACCAACCUGUGGAGCUUCUCUUGUCAACAAUGAAUGGCUGGUCUCUGCUGCCCACUGUGUCUAUGGGAGGAAUAUGAAGCCAUCUCAGUGGAAAGCAUAUCUCGGCUUGCACACUAAUCUGAAUCUGUCAUAUCCACAAAUAAUAAUUCGGGAAAUUGAUCAAAUUAUCAUAAAUCCCCAUUACAAUAAGAGAACAAAGGACAGUGACAUCGCUUUGAUGCAUCUCCAAUUCAGAGUAAAUUACACAGAUUACAUUCAGCCCAUUUGCCUCCCAGAAGAAAACAAACCAUUUUUGCCAGGAACUAAUUGCUCAAUCGCUGGAUGGGGAAGAACCACAAAUCAAGGUACAGGUUCGCCUGCAAGUAUAUUACAAGAAGCAGAGGUCCCUCUUAUAACUUAUGAGAAAUGCCAGCAACUGAUGCCAGAGUACAAUAUUACUGAAAAUAUGAUAUGUGCCGGAUAUGAUGAAGGUGGAAUUGAUUCCUGUCAGGGUGAUUCUGGUGGACCCCUGAUGUGUCAAGAUAAGGAAAGGUGGAUAUUGGCUGGUGUGACGUCCUUUGGUUAUCAGUGUGCACUGCCACAUCGCCCUGGUGUAUAUGUGAAUGUUUCAAAAUUUGUUGACUGGAUAAAAAGAAUAAUUCAUUAA